AUGAGUUCAAGUUGGGGAAGAACCUUUGGAUUCAAUUUGGACUUUGUGAAAUCUCCAUCCUCGUCUAUCCUCACUUCAUCUCCUUCCUCAACAACCUCGGAAACCACAAACUCUACUCAAUCACUCUUCAACAAAAAACCUCGGACCCUCCGAAAGCGUCCCAACCAAACCUACAACGAAGCCGCCACACUCCUCUCCACAGCGUCCCCCAAUCUCUUCUCCAUCAAAAACCACAAAAAACCCGAAAAGUUCACGAAACCGAUAACGGAACGUUAUAACGACUCAUUGGAACCGUUAUUAGUGUUCAGAGAACAUGACGACAACGACGCCUUCUCGUUUGCAAGCAAAUGCCGCUUCCAAACGGAGCCUAACAAGUUGUUCUUCGGCACACGAGAGAAGAAGAAGAAGAUGACGAUGACGAUGAAGGAGAAGAACACGUUUUUUCGAGAGAAGAACGCGAAUUGCGAUGAAGUGGAUUUGGAUUUGGAGAGGGAAGAGUUGGAGUGCGAAACGAUGCUGGACGAGGAAAUCGAGGAAGGGAUCGAUAGCAUCAUGGGGAGAAGCAGAGUAGAAGAUGCUGAUUGCGGCGCCAACGAAGAACGCAUGAUCGAUGGAGAAUUCGGUUUGGUGAGGGCGCUCCGGCGAGUUCACGACGACUCAAAGUGGUGUAACUUUCUGGUGGUCGACAUGCUUAAAAUCUCGCCACGAGUGAGGAUGGAUAGGACGGAGAAUUUAGUUCCGACGACGAUGAAGAAGAAAAAGAAAAAGAAGGAGAAGAAGAAGGUGGCGAAGAAAUCAUCAGAGAAGGGACUGAGUAAGGGUUUGCUAUUGAAAUUGAACUACGACGACGUUCGGAAUACUUGGUCAGAUAGAGGGUCGCCAUUCGCCGAAGGUUCGCCUGAAAGUGACGUCAUCCUACGUUUCUCGUCUCCGACGGCGAUUUAA